UGCCAGCGGCGUGAGCUUCGGCCGCCAUUUUACAACAGCUCCACUCGCGCCGGACACAGGGAGCAGCGAGCACGCGUUGCCCGCAACCGGAUCUCCUCGGACAGGAUUCCUCCGCCGCAGCCCAACGGGGAGAUCUCUGGAAACAUGGCUACAGAACAUGUUAAUGGAAAUGGUACUGAAGAGCCCAUGGAUACUACUUCUGCAGUUAUCCAUUCAGAAAAUUUUCAGACAUUGCUUGAUGCUGGUUUACCACAGAAAGUUGCUGAAAAACUAGAUGAAAUUUACGUUGCAGGGCUGGUGGCACAUAGCGAUUUAGAUGAAAGAGCUAUCGAAGCUUUAAAAGAAUUCAAUGAAGACGGCGCAUUGGCAGUUCUUCAGCAGUUUAAAGACAGUGAUCUCUCUCAUGUUCAGAACAAAAGUGCCUUUUUAUGUGGAGUCAUGAAGACUUAUAGGCAGAGAGAAAAACAGGGGACCAAAGUUGCAGAUUCUAGCAAAGGACCAGAUGAAGCAAAAAUUAAGGCACUCUUGGAAAGAACAGGCUACACACUUGAUGUGACCACUGGACAGAGGAAGUAUGGGGGACCGCCUCCAGAUUCCGUUUAUUCAGGUCAGCAGCCUUCUGUUGGCACUGAGAUAUUUGUGGGGAAGAUUCCAAGAGAUCUGUUUGAGGAUGAACUUGUUCCAUUGUUUGAAAAAGCUGGACCUAUAUGGGAUCUUCGUUUAAUGAUGGAUCCACUAACAGGUCUCAAUAGAGGUUAUGCGUUUGUCACUUUUUGUACAAAAGAAGCAGCUCAGGAGGCUGUUAAACUGUAUAAUAAUCACGAAAUUCGUUCUGGAAAACACAUUGGUGUCUGCAUCUCGGUUGCCAACAACAGGCUUUUUGUGGGCUCUAUUCCUAAGAGUAAAACCAAGGAACAGAUUCUUGAAGAAUUUAGCAAAGUAACAGAGGGUCUUACAGACGUCAUUUUAUACCACCAACCAGACGACAAGAAAAAAAACAGAGGCUUUUGUUUUCUUGAAUAUGAAGAUCACAAAACAGCUGCCCAGGCAAGACGUAGGUUAAUGAGUGGUAAAGUCAAGGUCUGGGGAAAUGUUGGAACUGUUGAAUGGGCUGAUCCUAUAGAAGAUCCUGAUCCUGAGGUUAUGGCAAAGGUAAAAGUGCUGUUUGUACGCAACCUGGCUAAUACUGUAACAGAAGAGAUUUUAGAAAAGGCAUUUAGUCAGUUUGGGAAACUGGAACGAGUGAAGAAAUUAAAAGAUUAUGCUUUCAUUCAUUUUGAUGAGCGAGAUGGUGCUGUCAAGGCUAUGGAAGAAAUGAAUGGCAAAGACUUGGAGGGAGAAAAUAUUGAAAUUGUUUUUGCUAAGCCACCAGAUCAGAAAAGGAAAGAAAGAAAAGCUCAGAGGCAAGCUGCAAAGAAUCAAAUGUAUGAUGAUUACUACUAUUAUGGUCCACCUCAUAUGCCCCCUCCAACAAGAGGUCGAGGGCGUGGAGGCAGAGGUGGUUAUGGAUAUCCUCCAGAUUAUUACGGAUAUGAAGAUUAUUAUGAUUAUUAUGGCUAUGAUUACCAUAACUAUCGUGGUGGAUAUGAAGAUCCUUACUAUGGUUAUGAAGAUUUUCAAGUUGGAGCUAGAGGAAGGGGUGGUAGAGGAGCAAGGGGUGCUGCUCCAUCCAGAGGUCGCGGGGCUGCUCCUCCCCGUGGUAGAGCCGGUUAUUCACAGAGAGGAGGUCCUGGAUCAGCAAGAGGCGUUCGUGGUGCGAGAGGAGGUGCCCAACAACAAAGAGGCCGCGGGCAGGGAAAAGGGGUCGAGGCCGGUCCUGACCUGUUACAAUGAAGACUGACUUGCUAUGUGGGAUUACACCAGAAGCUUGCAGUGGAGUAAUGGUAAGGAAAUCAAGCAACCUUAAAUAUCUCGGCUGUAUAGGAGCAUAUUCUAUUGCAGAAGACCUUCCUAUGAAGAUCAUGGAAUCAAAUACAGGACAUUGAACUAAUACUUGGACUUUGAUAUGAAUUUCUUUAACAAUUUUCUCUGCAGUGCAAGUUAUUAAACUAAAGCUACUCUAUUUUCCAAAUGUGUUCCAACAGAAAUUCUUCAUAACUUCUAGCAUGGUAUCUUAAUAAAGAAUAAAGUUCUUCUCUUUAAAAAAUCUGCUCUAAGUAGAUUUUUCCCCUGUUUUUUUAAAUUAAGGAUCCCAGCAUUGGUUUUCUGAAAUAUUCUCUUGAAUUUGUGCAUUUAAAUUUUAUUGCAGUGGUAUAGAUGAAUGCCAUUGUUGGUAUCCUUAACUUUUAUUUCUGCUCACCAAGGUUAAUCAUGAUUGUCUAUAUCUUUUUUAUAGUAAUCACUUUUGAAUUGUGUUCAGAUAUGCAGUUUCAGGUGUAAUCAUCAGAGCUGGUUAGUCAGGCAUUCCAGAUAGUGGUUCUUUUCAGAACCUUUUUUAAAGGGUUGGUUAACUACCUCAGUAGCAGAGGAUUGAACUAUACCCUGUCUGUACUGUACAUAGAAAAUCUUUGUAGAUAAAAGCAAGGCUUGUUAAAUGAUAUGAGGGUAAGAUUUUAAAUAUACCAAAUGUAACAUUCUUAGUUGCCUUUAGUUUCAGAGGCUUGUAAGACUUCCUCAUGAACAUCAUAACAGGCCUUGCUUUUGUCGUAUUUUGUGGCUGAAAAAGCAGCCUUGCUUCUUCAGAUAUUGUAGUUAUUUGGAUGUAUAAUAGUUUAGCAAGAUGUUACUUUUGUAAGACAUCAGAUGUUCAAAAAAAGUGCAUCCGAACUUGUACUAAAUACUGCAGUGUCCCUUUAUAAAAAGUCAGACUAAAACUGACAGUUGUACAGCAAAGCCUGACAUUUGGAUAUUUUGAAGUUUUUUCAUAAAUCAUAGAAAUUAGUAUAUGGCUGUAGUUUAGCUUUUUAGGUAAAAGGUAUGUUUCAUUAGUGCAUUUCUUACUGCUGAUCACUGCAAAAAUGUGAAUCAGCUUUCCAUUUCUUAUGCAGGUCAUGAUAACUUGUAGAAUAGAGUACAAUCAUUUGUGCUAUGUUUUUAAUUUUCUAAAGCACCUUGAUGACAGUGAGUGUUCAGUGGUGAAGCAUCCUCUAUUGAAUCACCCUCAAAAUUUUUUGCCAAGUCCUAAAUCGAUAGCUUAAAGUCAAAAGUGAAAUUAUAGUUUAAUUAGGACUUGGUAUAAAGAAAUCCCUUUUCCCCUUCCCCAAAGGGAUACUGCAGUUAUAUCACAUACCCAAUAGGCACCAUGACGAAGAUCAGAGCUUAUACUUAAUUAAGGUUUUAUACACACCAGUUUCCCCAGUAAAUGCAAAUUUAACAAGAAAAUUAGACAUGUCAUAUGUUCAAAAUGCUCAUGGCAAACAAUCAUUUUGCAUUCCUGCAAAUAAAAUUGUUUUAUACUGUAAGCUGGAG